AUGAUUCGUUCGCUAACUAAUGGGUAUAUAAUACCACUCAUCACUUACACUGUGAAUCAUGUUCCAGCAUUCAUCUGGUUGAUUGUGGAAUUUGUAUUUGAUAUAUGCUUCUUUUGGGUCAAGAAAUUGUACCACUUUUACAUACGAAAGAACCCAUUAAGGGAAAAACUAAAGGAAUUGAAGAAUGUAUCAAACUAUACUGAAUGGAAGAAGACUGCAACAGAGAUAGAUAAGUUGACUAGUAUGGAGCUCUGGAGACAAAACUUUAUAUCAAAACACUACGAUUACAUUAUCAUAAACGAUAGAUUAAAGCUUCUUAGACAGGCAAGGUUGGACGGAGAUUCUCAACUAAUAAUGUCACUCUUCAGGUCAGGACUCAUAAGAAACUUUGGUGGUAUUCUGCAGAAGAAAUUGUACAUUAAAUCUUACAUGGGAACCAAGUAUAAGAUUGAAGAGUAUAUUAGUGAAGUGUUGAAAUGUCUUAAUUUUUUGAAUGAAUCCAUAACUGAUAGUAGUAGAACAAAUCAGCAACUCCCAAGAAGGAAAGAGUUUGUGAUGAAUUCCAAGCAGUUGAAAUUGGACUUUUUCCAUGACGCUAGGCAAUCUUUUGGAUGUACUGCCUUGUUACUUCAAGGUGGGUCAUUAUUCGGAUUAUGCCAUUUGGGAGUAGUAAAGGCGCUUUACUUUAAGGGUUUACUCCCAAGGAUCAUAGGUGGAAGCGCAGUUGGAGCUGCUGUUGCCUCUUUGGUUUGUACUUUAACAGAUCAAGAGUUGAUCCCUAUUUUGGUAUCCCCCGCUGACGUUAUGUGCGAUAUUGACAGAUUGAAUCAUGACGUUGAUGAAAGGUACGGCAAUGUCAUUGAAAACAUAGUGAAAAAGGGGUACAGUCAAGAUAUUUUGAUCUUCUUGAAGUUUGUUAGAGAUACAAUCGGAGAUUUAACAUUUGAAGAAGCAUAUUUAAAGACAGAGAAGAUUUUAAAUAUCGUUAUUCACCCCACACACCAGUCUAUACCCCUGUUGCUCAACUAUAUUACUGCUCCGAAUGUCAUAAUAUGGACUGCCAUUUACGCCUCCAUUGGUACAGGGGUGUUAAGUGACAAUGUUCAGUUGUAUGUAAAGGAUUUUAACAACAACAUUGUACCAAAACUGCCCUCCCUUGACGUUAAGUUUUUGAAGCCUCAAGAUGUGAACUAUCUGCAACAAUACUUCAGAGAAAAUGACAAUGACGCUACAGGAGCAGGCUCGUUUUUCAAGUAUAAUUUCAAAGAAUCUUCUUCCUACACAAGAUUAACAGAAUUAUUUAAUGUAAACCACUUCGUUAUUAGCUUGGCAAGGCCGUACUUGGCACCACUAAUAAGUAAUGAUCUAAAGCAUUACCAUAACUAUAGCGCUGUUUCGUAUACCAGCAUAUCGAAGAAGGACUCCAAACUGUCACCUACUUCAACGACAAAGGCUGCAAUUCCGAUUGACAACACAGAUGGUUCAACAUCAUCUUCAGCUUCAUCUUUAAAAGAUAGUCCUACUACUUCUUCCACCACUACACAUGCGUCCAUCGAGAAAACUACUAAAGAUACCAACUAUAACUUCAGGAAACAUUUUACUAAUAUCAUUGGGUUGGAGAUUCAGCAUAGAUUGGGCGUGUUGAAUAAAUUAGGAAUAUUGUCUGAUUUCAUAAAAAGAUUGUGCAUAGAUGAGAGGCCAUCAACUCCUCAGUCGUUGACUAGUAUAAGAGAAAUUACGAUAGUUCCUGAGCUACUGUAUUUGUUGAAAGACUUUGGCAGAAUAUUCGAUGUCCAUAAGACUAUGGAAAAUAUUCCCUACUGGGUAUUGGUGGGGGAGAAAUCAGUAUGGCCCCUCUUUCCGCUUUUACUCACAAGAUGCUCUAUUGAAUUUGCAUUAGACGAUCUAUAUAAUAUACAUAGAAAGAAAUCGUGA